GGACAUUCAUGAAGAUUCUGGCGUUUGGCAGUAAAUAAUUGUCUUCAUGGCAACACUAGUUAAAUCAAUAUUUACAUAAUGUUGCACUAAAAAAUGGCAAAGAAGGGCGGAGUCCAACAGCUUCAAGCGGACAUCAGUACAGACGAGGAGUUUGAGAAAUUUCUGCAGCGAUCCGGGUUGCUCGUACUCGACAUAUACUCGGAAUGGUGUGGACCCUGUCUUGGAAUGGUGGGAAGUCUGCGGAAGAUCAAGCUGGAGCUGGGAGGCGACAACUUACAGCUGGCCAUCUGCAAAGCUGGUUCCAUCUCCUAUUUGGAGAGGUUCAACAAGAAAAGUGAGCCGACAUGGAUGUUUGUUACGGGCGGAAAGGCCAUCAAUAUCAUGUUCGGCACAGACGUGCCCAAGCUGGUAGCCAUUAUCACCAAGAUGCUACAGUCAACAAUGGCCAAGGAGGUCCAUCAGAGCUAUGAGAUCACUGAACUACAGCCCAUUGAGCUGGAGCAGCAGGAAGUGAAAAACAAGGCUCUGCGGCUGGCCGAGAACAUUGAGUUGGAAGAGUGCAAGAGGAAGCGCUUGGAGUACCUGAAAUCUGUCACUGAUUGCAUCAUGCAGAACCUUCCCGAUAUUGGGAUAACUGUCUUUGGACCACAAGUCAACCGGGAAAUGUUCAAGAAGCUAUCGGAACCGGCCGAUCCCUUGAAAAUCCAGUGCAAGGACCGCAAAGUCUUUACCAUAACGCGAAGUGACUUCACCACUGUGAACUUUGCAUCUGAGAAUCCACUAGCGAGCGAUGUGAUCGAGCAGUUGUAUGACAAGGAGCUGCUGAUGUGUUUCUGGAAGGUGGAGGAUGCUCUUGGCAGUCCGCCCAACGUCCUGCGGCAGUACGCCCAUGAGCUGACCAAGGAGACCAUAAAGCCACCGGAUGAGUUCAACGAGGAGGAGAUCACAGUGCCACCCAUAAUAGUGCCGCUCGAUGUUACUGUGCAAAUUAAAAGAGAAGUGUGUGAAACCGAGGCAGAAAUAGUACGUGUCGAACAGCUCAAUGACAAUAAAGAAGAGGACAAAAGCGAGGUGGACAACGAAGCAGCAGAAGAUCGGGACGAGGGGAAAUUGGAAGAUUCUACAAAUUUUAAGACCAUCCGCAUUCCUCCGAUUUGGGUGCCUAGUGACCAGCGCACCAAUGCAGCUCUAAUUUACACCUAUUUCCGGGGGCAAACAUCCGCUUUCCUACCGCCCGACCCUGUUCCGGAGCCACCGCACAUUGUGAUGACAUUCGACGCCUACAAGAAGAAAGAUCUGGACAUUCUUCUUGAAUCCUGCAGAGAAGAUAUUCCGCUUUACGGCUUCUUUACAAGCGACAAUCCUCAGACGGCAGUUUUCAUAGCCAAUUCGGUCGAGAAAUACAAUGCAAAACCCUAUGUACCCACCGAUAAGAUCGUCCUGAAGGUGAAUAAAGUCAAGACACAGACUGUACCAAUGUUAAUGGCUUACGGUCCCAGCUAUGUAAGCACCAACUCGGUUGUUGGCCACAAGGAGGCAUGCCAGUUUUUCCCGGACAAUUACAAAUCAGCAUUGCAAGAGGAAGCUGAACUACACGCAGUAAAAGCUGAGAAACCGAAGAAACGCAAGAAGAACAAGAAGGGAGCUGAUGCAGACGACAACGGGAAGGCCGACGUUCUGUCAGAAGCAGAAGCCCAACAAGAAUCAGAGGAAGCGGCAAAGACCACGCCAGAGGAAAGUGCCUCCACGACAAGUAGUGGGGAGGACAGCUGUGAGAGUCGGCCACCUACUGCUGAUGGCAACAAUUCCUCUGCAGACCGCGGCACAGGUGUCAUAACAAAAUGAACGAAAUAUGGAUCAUUAUAUCAUAUCAUUUA